AGUUUAUAAAUGCAUUUUAUGUAUAGUAUGAAGUACCAGAUAUAUAGCACUUUAGUAGUAACUCGCCAUUAUUCGUAUUUACAUGUACUGCGAUGGUGGACUUUACAGUAAGGAAGGAUGCAAAUUAAUGUACAUAUUUUAUGUAAGGAGUGUUAUGACUUUGGGAAGAUAUUGUUUUUUGUCAAUAGUUGACUAUACGUCUUUAUUAUCUAAAAAGUGGUGGAUUCGGAAUCUUGGAAUAAGAUCAUAUUUAUCUCAACGUAGUUUCAUGUCUCUAACUAUACAGCGAUUAAACAGGAUAAACCAAAGAUCACUGACAGUUUCAUUAUUUGCAAAUAUGGCAUCAACCAAUAAUUCAGGAAAUAUGCCGAUACAAAAAAAGAAUCGUUUGAGUUUAGAAAAGUCACCAUAUUUACUACAGCAUGCUACUAAUCCAGUUGAUUGGUACCCAUGGUGUGACGAAGCAUUGGAAAAAGCAAGUAAAGAGAACAAGUGUAUCUUUUUAUCUGUUGGCUAUUCUACGUGUCACUGGUGUCAUGUUAUGGAAAAAGAAUCUUUUACAAAUAAAGAAAUUGCUGAAAUAAUGAAUAAGAAUUUCAUUAAUAUAAAAGUAGACAAGGAAGAGAGACCAGAUAUCGAUAGGAUAUACAUGACUUUUAUACAAGCAACAAGUGGUCAUGGUGGAUGGCCAAUGAGUGUCUUUCUUACCACUGAUUUAAAACCUAUAGUUGGAGGGACUUAUUUUCCUCCAGAAGAUACAUUUAGACAAACAGGAUUUAAGACAAUUUUACUCAGUGUUGCCCAAAAGUGGAAUCAAUCCAGAAGUAAACUUACAGAGAUUGGAUCUACCAAUCUUGAAACUUUACACAGUAUUUCUAAAAUUCCAGAUUCACUUAAGGUACAUGAUAUACCUUCAUUGGAAUGUAGUAAAAUUUGUAUUCAGCAACUUGUAAAUGAAUUUGAACCGAAAUUUGGUGGGUUUGGCUCUACGUAUAACAUGCAAUCACCAAAAUUUCCACAGCCAGUAAAUUUUAACUUUUUAUUUCAUAUGUAUGCACGUCAACCCAAUGUGGAGUCUGUACGACCUUGCUUGUAUAUGUCUGUUUACACUUUAAAAAGAAUGUCUUUUGGUGGCAUUCACGAUCAUGUAGGUCAGGGUUUUUCUAGAUAUGCUACAGACGGUGAGUGGCACGUUCCACACUUUGAAAAAAUGUUGUACGAUCAGGGUCAGUUAAUGAAAUCAUAUGCAGAUGCAUAUCUUGUAACUAAAGAUAAUUAUUUUGCCGAAAUUGUUGAUGAUAUCGCUACAUAUGUAAUAAGAGAUCUUCGUCACAAGGAAGGUGGGUUUUAUAGCGCUGAAGAUGCAGAUUCUUAUCCUAUGCACGAUACACAUGCGAAAAAGGAAGGUGCUUUUUAUGUGUGGUCUGCCAUGGAAAUUAAAUCACUUCUAAAUAAAGAAGUUUCUGAUGAAAAUCAUGUUAAACUUUCGGAUAUUUUUUGUCGCCAUUUCAAUGUAAAUGAAUCAGGAAAUGUAAAAUCGCAUCAAGAUCCACAUGGAGAGAUGGGACAAAAAAAUGUAUUAAUAGCAUACAAUGAAAUUGAAGAAACUGCUAGAUAUUUCAAUCUUCCAAUUGAAGAAACUAAAAUGUAUUUGAAAGAAGCAUGUUCCAUGUUAUACAAAGUUAGAUCUGCAAGGCCGCGGCCUCACUUAGACGACAAGAUCAUUACAUCAUGGAAUGGUCUUAUGAUAAGUGGUUUAGCUUUUGGGGGAGCGGCAGUAAAUAAUAAACAAUACAUUGAGCACGCGGCAGAUGCCGCAAAAUUUAUUAAAGAAUAUCUUUUCGAUGAAACCAAGAAUAUAUUACUUCAUAGUUGUUACCGUGACGAAAAAGGCACGAUUACACAAAUGAGUACACCCAUACCUGGAUUUUUAGACGAUUAUGCGUUUGUUAUAAAAGGGUUGUUGGAUUUAUACGAAUCUGAUUUAAACGAGGAGUGGCUGGAAUUUGCCGAGAAAUUGCAACAUCUUCAAGAUCAGUAUUUUUGGGAUGAAACAAAUGGAGGAUAUUUCUUAACAACAUCGAGCGAUCCAAGUAUAAUUCUCAGGCUUAAAGAAGUUUAUGACGGAGCGGAACCAUCCGGUAACUCGAUUGCCGCUGAAAAUUUGCUGAGGUUGGCAGAUUACUUAGGUUGUGACGAAUUCAAGGAUAAAGCUGCUCGUCUGUUCGGAGCAUUCAGAUAUUUGCUGAUGCAGAGACCUGUUGCGGUUCCACAACUAACAUCAGCACUCGUACGCUACCACGAUGAUGCAGCGCAAAUUUAUGUGGUUGGAAAACGAGGUGCCAAGGAUACCGAUGAGCUACUUCGCGUUAUAUAUAAACGUUUGAUACCCAACAGGAUUCUUCUCUUAAUUGAUCCCGAUGAAACGAACAGCGUGUUAUUGCGUAAAAACCAACAUCUCAGAAAUAUGAAAUCUCUGAAUAAUCGAACAACUGUAUAUGUAUGUAAACAUCGCACGUGUUCGUUGCCUGUUACGAGUCCCGAACAAUUAGCAACAUUGUUAGAUGAACAGAAAUAAGAUCCUUACUAAUUAGUAACUAAGUUUACUAAAAAAGCCGAUACUGUAUCGUUUUUGAUGGUGAGAGUAGAGAAAUAGCAAAAUAA